AGAUGACGGCCGUGUACAAAGACGACCAGGGUGACUGGAUGACCGUCGGCCUCAAGUACCUCCUCUUCGUCUUUAAUGUCCUCUUCUGGGUUGGUGGAGCGGCGGUGAUGGGCGUGGGCAUCUGGACCCUGAUAGACAAGAGUGAUUACCUGAGCCUGCUGGCCUCCAGCACCUUCGCCGUGUCCGCCUACAUCCUCAUCCUGGCCGGGGCCCUCGUCAUGGUCACGGGCUUCCUGGGCUGCUGCGCCGUCAUCAGGGAGCAGAGGAGCUGCCUGUCCACGUAUUUCUGCUGUCUGUUAUUGAUCUUUCUCAUAGAGCUGGUGGCAGGAGUCCUGGCCUACGUGUAUUACCAGAGGCUCAGUGAGGAGCUGAAGCAGCACCUGAAUGAGACCAUGACAGAGAACUACGCCCAGCCAGGGAAAGAGGCCAUCACCCUGGCCGUGGACAGACUACAGCAGGAUUUCAAGUGCUGUGGCAGCAACAACUCAUUUGAUUGGCUGCAUAGUGUGUACAUGACCUCGGCUGUGUCGGAGGGCAGGGUGGUCCCGGACAGCUGCUGUAAGACCAUCACCUCCCUCUGUGGCCGCAGAGACCACCCCUCCAACAUCUACAAGACUGAGGGUGGCUGCAUCACCAAGCUGGAGCAGUUCCUGGCUGACCACCUGCUGAUCAUCGGAGCUGUGGGGAUAGGAGUAGCCUGUCUACAGCUGGCCGGGGCCAUGUUGACGGCCUGCUUUAUCUAUCUGCUGUAUAAAGAAGAGGAGGAGGACUUCUCUGCCGUGUGAUUGGCUAAGCCUCUGUCUGGUCACACUCAGUGGGGACGGGACAAGAUCUGUGGGAUGGUGUUCACAUGCUGCUUACACAGAAGGAUUAAGUUGGAUCCUUACUGAACCCUACCGUCAAGCCCCCCCAACACCAUCCUGCCUUAUGGGCCAGGGAGCAACGAUGCCUGCUGAACACUCACCCUUGACCUCUAACCCCUCCUAACCUCUGAACCUUAUGAUCCAACCCUGCCUGGACCUUCCUGGAUCCUUCUGCACCUCUCCUUUAGCAUGGAUGCAUGCACAGCCCCCC